CGCAUGCGCAUUCACGCGCCCGACUACCGGAAGUAGUAAUGUGGCUGGUUGUGUACAAAUAGAAACUAUUGUAGAGUCUAUUGUUUUAUUCAGUGCAAAUCUGAAGCCGCAAUGGGAUCUGCCGAACUACGGACGGAAUUAGAAAAUCUCCUGAAAAGUCUGAAUAUUGACUUUGUUUCUGUGGAACAUCCGGAGGUUUUCACUGUGGAGGAAAUGAUGCCUCACGUGCAGCACCUGAACGGAGCCGUGACCAAAAACCUCUUCCUAAAGGACAAGAAGAAGAAAAGCCUGUGGCUCGUCUCGGUGCGUCACGACCGGCAGGUCAACCUGAACGACCUGGCUAAGAAGCUGGGCGUGGGCAGCGGGAACCUGCGCUUUGCGGACGAGGCGGCCAUGUUGGAGAAGCUCAGGGUGGGUCAGGGCUGCGCCACGGCUCUCGCGCUCUUCUGCGACAAGGACCGGAGCGUGAGGUUCGUCCUGGACAGCGAUUUAGCCGACGGGGGCCACGAGAGAGUCUACUUCCACCCCAUGACCAACGCUGCGACUUUAGGACUGAAACCGGACGAUCUGAUGAGGUUCCUGAAGGAGACGGGACACGAGCCCAUCCUGCACAGCUUUGACUAGAUCCGUUGUAGGUCAAUGACAGGGAAUGUGUUCGGGAUGUUUUUAUCGUACAAAUAACAGUACAUUAAUGUUUGCGAUUCAUCAGUGAGACAUCAAUAAAAAACACAAACAUGUCACCUUUA